AUGACAUCUCAUAUUCCUUUUGCUCUAUCGCUCCUCGGCGCUGUCGCGUCAGGCCUUCAAGGCUCUGGGGUCGGGUCCACUCUUAACCCCCCACCUCCGCCCCCGAGCACUGCAUCUGCGCCUCCCUCUGCUCCCAAACAAAACGCCUCAAGCUUGCCUGCCCCAUCUGUGCCAGUCAAUGUCCCUGGAUCGACUCCCAAUGCCUCAGCUAACGGAUUAGGAGCGAGCCCUCCUACCAACAAUGUAGUAGCACUAUGUGUUCAUUGCCAACUUCGACCUAAGUAUUUUGAUGGGACCAAGACGCAUCCUUACUGCAGCAAAAGCUGUGCCAAUAAGAUCAAGGCAUCCAAUCCAAAGACUGGCUCCGGCGCGACGAACGGAAACUGCGACUUCUGCCAUAAUCGACCCAAGUAUAACGACGGCACGCGUACUCAUGAUUUCUGCAGCAAGGCCUGCGCUAGGAGUGCGGGUGGACCCCAGCGGAGAUCGACAAUGCCGGGCGCAGGUGCCAAUAGCAAGGCUGUAUGCCAAGCACCAGGAUGCCAGAAUCCUCCACAUGGCGGUCCAGGUAGCGAUUAUUGUUCGAUGGCUCACAAAACGUCAGUACAGCAAUAUUGUAUUACUAGCUAUCAUUCACUCGCUCGCGAUAGUCUCGGAGAAACGUUGUGCCUCAUGUGCCUCCAAGCUCCCAAGAUGGCGAAUUCCCAUUUUUGUUCUCAAACAUGUAUCGAUGAUGUUGAGGCGAAAGGACCGAUGAUCCUGGAGGUUCCACUGGGUCAUGCUACUUUCAAGAGCGUCGCUGAACAGUUCAAAUCAUCUUGGAGACAUUUCGGCAGCGCGUGCCCGCCUGUGCGCCGUAUCUAUAAGAUCGUCUCGCCUCCAACAUCACUGGGCAACUACAACGCUUAUCGAGCCGCAGUAGAAAGUCGUGGCCAGUUCCUAUCUGCAGGUCGAACCGAGGGAAAUGAAAACCGCCGCUGGCAUGGGACUCGAAGAGUGUGUAACCUUGGGGACAAGGGCCACACUCAGUUCUGUUCUUCGGCGCAGUGUUCCCUCUGCUGCAUUACCCGAAACUCAUUCGAUCUUUCACUGUUUGGGAAGAAGACCGGUUGGGGAAGAUUUGGCAAGGGCAUUUAUACUUCCUCGACGUCUUCAAAGUCAAAUGAUUAUUCCCACAACGACUGCCAGUCUUCCCUGAAGGCGAUCCUAUUGAACAAAGUCGUGGUCGGGAAGGGAUGUAAGCUUUUACAGGACAAUACAACACUAACUGCCCCUCCAUCGGGCUUUGAUUCAGUGCUAGCUGAGAAAGGAGGAAGCCUCAAUUACGAUGAACUGGUUGUCUAUACCAAUGACGCCAUCAGACCGUCUUUCCUUGUAAUGUACGAACCUUGA